AUGGACGCAAUAACGAACCUGUUUCGUCAGCGUAUGAAAUUGCACCCGGAGUGGUUUAGGAGUGAUCAAAUUUUCUUUGGUGAUAGUGCUCCUAGUAUGUUGUGGACGAGAGACAAGUUCGAGAGGUUUAAGAAUUUUGAGCCAGAUAGACAUGGACUAGGAAAGUGGCUCCCGGGAGGUGCAACCGACUUAUUUGAAGGGAAGACACCACUUUUAUGCCAAAUCCUGAAGAAAUGGGAAGUAGAUAUUGAUGAGAUCUACUUUCCAUGGAACGUCAAAGAUAAUCAUUGGGUGGCGUUGAUGAUUUCUUUACCUAAAAGGCAUAUUACUGUGUGGGACAGCAUUCCAAACUAUCUGAAGGAGAAUGUGUUAUCUGCAUCUAUCGAGCCUGUUGCUGUCAUUGUGCCUUAUCUACAUCGGUUCAUGGCUGACAUCAAUGAUAGGUAUAGGUAUUCGUUCGCCCAUUUCACCCACGAGUAUAUUUCUGGAGGAGAUGUGCUUGCGCAAGACAAUGCAACUGAUUGUGGAGUCUACCGUCUAAAGUUCAUCGACUAUCAUAGUCUUGGGAUGCUUUUUCCGAGGACGCUAUGUGGUAAGAACAUGAGAGCUAUCAGAGCAAAGCUUGCAGCGGAAAUACAUCAUGAGAUCAACUGUCGCGGACCUCUGGAGCGUAAUUGGGAUGACUGA